AUAAUUGCACUGCCGGUCCGGCCAGUUCAGUCAGUGUCAGUAACUCGGUAACGGCGCAAACGCAAUGUGUUCAAAAGUAAAUUUCGCGCUACUCGCGCUCGCUUUCGCUGGCAUCGUCGCCAACUGUCAAGCCGCGACACUGGAUCAGCGCAUUUUGGGCGGUGAGGACGUCGCAUCCGGUCAGUUCACUUUCGUCGCUUCGGUGCGUUUGGACAGUGCGCAUGUGUGUGGUGGCAGCAUUAUCGGCGCGCGUCAGAUAUUAACGGCGGCGCAUUGUGUUGUCGACGACAACAACCAAGUUGUUGCCGCCGAUCGCGUCUCCGCGCGUAUCGGCAGCCUCAAUCAAUUUGCCAGUGGCAAGAUCAUCUAUGCCGAAUCCAUCGCCGUACAGCCUAACUACACAUACAUUAGCAAUGAUGUCGCUGUCAUACAGUUGAGCAGUGCUGUGGAAGAGAGUAGCAAGAUCUCCAUAAUUCCUAUUGCCACUAGUGCCGAUCAAGCGCCAGCAGUUGGCACCGCCAUCUCCGUUGCCGGUUGGGGUGAGCAAUCGUCUGGCGCGGCACCAUACAAAUUGCAAUCGGUCGCAUUCUCAGUGGCCAGCGAGGAGGAGUGUACUAAAGGUUUCCCCGAGCAUGAUGAGAGCACUUUCUGCUUGGCUCACAAUCUGAAGGAGGGCAGUUGUCUGGGCGAUGCUGGUAACGGUGUGGCCUACAACAAUCGUUUGGUUGGUGUGGCGAGCUUCGUGGUGGGCGCAUGCGGUUCGCGUUAUGCUGAAGUCUUCGUGAAUGUCACACACUUUGCUGAAUGGAUCCAGACUCAGUUGUGAGUUGGUAAUGAAAAGUUGUUGUUGUUAUAGAAUUGUAUUAUGUAGCAGUAAAGCGAAUAAAUUUUGAAGUAUUGUAAAAACUA